AUGACGUCUUCAAGGGGUUGUGGGUGUAAUGAUUUGAAGGACCGCUGUCAAAUCAAGGUCCAGGUUCGAUUCUUCACAAAGAUCUUUACAGAAUCUGACGUCCAGUGUGCUAGCCAUGAUGGAAACGACAGGGCUCAGAAACACAGGCGGACUCAGUCGCAAUCAGUUGUUCCUCCAACCAGUGGUAAUUUCCUGUCUGUGCCGGAACUACAUUCCGGAAAUGGUAGUCGUCAGGCAGACAGUGGGGACGAUGAUACGUACAUUGUUGUCCGUGACAAUGCAGUCGACAUUGAUGAUAUCUAUGGUGGGAAGGACAAGCUGCCUCCUCGACUGCUUGUUGUCUCCAGUAAGAUUAGGAACAGUUCCAUCAUCCGCAACGCCAUCCACAGCAACAUCACCUAUGUGCAGUACAACUACGACACCAUCACCCUUGACGAGCUGCGCAAUCUGAUCGGGCAGACUCUUGGGGGGAAGAAGGUUCACAGUGUGGCCUGGAUCCUCAGCUGCUCCAAUCAUGCUAACUCCGCCAUAUACAUAUGCUCUAAGGACGAUCGGGUGCUGAGCAGAGAGAGCUUCACUGACCAGUCAGCCAUUCAGGAAUUUUUCACCAUGAUCGUGAAACAACACAUGGACUGUACACAGACUGGCUCCAGGCUGGACUUCCUGGCCUGCACAGUCUACCAGCAUGGGGACAUCAAGCUGUUACUGGAGGACAUGGCCGGGGUCCUGGGGGUGCCUGUGUCAGCCUACAAGGACUUCGCUGCAGUGGAUUCCUGUAUGAAGAGAAGUGAAGAAAACCUCCGAGUCAGCAGUGUGGGAGAGAUGUACUUCCGCCUGGAAAAGCUGCGAAACUGGAGUGGACGACAUCAACAGACUCUGGCUGGAUUCGAGAAGAUCAGGACUGUUGGCAAAGGGGCAUACGGGGCGGCAGUGUUGUAUAAGAAGAAAGAUGACGACUACCUGGUGAUCUUGAAAGAAAUCAACAUGCACGACCUGAACGCUGCUGAACGUCAGCUGGCCCUCAACGAGGUCAACGUCCUUGCGAUGCUGGACCACCCAAACAUCAUCAGCUACUACGACAGCUUCGAGGAGGAUGGUGUGCUGAUGAUUGAGAUUGAGUAUGCAGACGGAGGGACUCUUGCACAGUUCCUGUCGUCCCAGGAGAAAGCUCUGGAUGAGAAAGAUGUUCUGACGAUGUUCCAGCAGAUAGUAGCAGCAAUCAGGCAUAUCCAUGAACACAAUAUUCUACACAGAGACUUGAAGACGGACAACAUCUUCCUGACGAAGGAGGGCAUUGUGAAGGUUGGGGACUUCGGCAUAUCAAAGAUGAUGAGCUCUGCCCAGAAAGGAGCCCUCACCGUGCUGGGUACACCCUACUACAUCAGCCCGGAGAUGUGUGAAGGAAAACAGUACAGCUUCAAGUCGGACAUCUGGGCGCUGGGCUGCAUCCUGUAUGAGAUGGCCUGUCUACAGAAGACAUUUGAAGGUUCCAACCUCCCGGCGCUGGUCAACAAGAUCAUGAAGGGCCAGUUUGCUCCUGUGAAGGGUAAUUAUAGUCAAGGCUUCAAGGACCUGAUCAUGGAUAUGUUAAACAAGGACCCGGAGGAGAGACCAUGUGCCAAUGACAUUAUGUAUCAGCAUGUACCAGAGUUGAUGAGCCAGUUUAAGGAAGAGACGUCUGACCCUGAAGAAGAACUCAUGAUGUCAACAGAGAAUAUCAGCAAAAAGAUCAAAAUCAGCCCGAAAAGAAUGGAGAAAAGGUCGGUGCUGUACUACAUGGAAUCGGCCACCGGGAACCUGACGUGUUUCACGGACCUGCCACCACGAAUGAAAAUCAGACAGAUGGCAGUAGGACCAGACCAUGUGAUCGUCGUGACAACUGAACGUCAAGUGUUCACGUGGGGUGAAGGGUCAAAAGGUCAACUAGGACAUGGGGACAUGGCAAGUCGAUCUCGGCCAGAAUUAGUUGAAGCUUUGAAGGGGAAAUCAAUAUCAAUGGCCUGCUGUGGAGAUGGCUUCAGCCUGUUCACCAGUGACAAUGGACUAGUGCUCACCUGUGGUGAUGGGUCAAGAGGUUGUCUCGGACAUGACGAUUGGCUGUCCGCCUCCAAACCUCGCCUCAUCGAGACUCUCCUCAGUGUUGACGUAGUUGCGCUCGCCUGUGGUCCAAGUCAUGUUGUUGCUGUAGGCAGCGAAGGGGAAGUCUAUGCAUGGGGUGACAACAGUUCUGGACAGUUGGGCCUCGGCAAUGAAGUCAGCAUAUGUCAGCCAGAGGAAGUGUCCAUUUCGGAGCCAGUGGUGUUCCGUGACGUCCGCUGCGGCAACGAUGGAACUAUGCUUCUGUCCGACGUCGGCAGUGUGUUUGCCUGCGGAAGUAAUGAGAACAAUAAGUUGACGGAGGUUGAAGGUCGAAAUGUUUUGACCCCGGUGAGGGCGUUGGCACGACACCGCGUCCUUGACAUCUCUAUCGGCCCGCACCACACUGCCGUGCGUGUAGCAUCUGGUCACGUGUACACGUUCGGGCGCAACACCGAGGGUCAGCUGGGUGUGGGGAACACCAAGGCAUCGAACACCCCAGUAGAGGUCAAACCCCUGCAGGACAAGUGUGUCAAUCGUAUCCAGUGUGGGGAACACUUCACGGUGGCCAGUACCCGCGACCACGAGCUGUACUACUGGGGGCUGAGGUUCAAGAUGCCGUCCCAGCAUGCAGUAGAGGACAACACCAGUCGGUCCAGCACCAACGGCAGCAUCACCAACGUCUCCUCCAGUGUCAUCUCCAAGGACGACAUUCGGCUAGAGAGUAUCACACCAAGAAAAGCCUCGGCCACCAACUCGCGGACACACAGCUCAGCCAGCGUCACCAGCCUCAACAGCGGGAAGGAGCAACAGACAAUGGCCAGUCAAGAUGCUGGUGUUGCUGGUGCUGAUGCUGAUGCUGUGAAGGUCGGAGAAGACGACGUACCAAUGUCACCACGUCGACAGAUAAGUUGUGACAGCGUCAUGUCUGCCGCUAAUGACAGCGGAGUGCCCACAACACCCCAGGAAGAGUUCAACCCAGGCUUCAGACCUCUGAGCAGUGUACCCCGCCGAUCAACCAGCGCCAGUAGCCGGGAGAACCUGAAGGAGAAAGACAAGGAGAAGGAGAGAGAGAAGGAGAUCAUGAGAGACGACUGUGUCGUUCUCCUGGAGCCAGUGGAGAUCAUCAGGAUAGAGCAGGUGAAUGAGAAGGUGUUGCUUGGAAACUUCUUCUGUCACGGGGAGAAUCUGUUUGUCCAGCUUGAGACGACAGCACCGCCACCCCGACGGAAGGCACUGAAGAAACGCAGCCUCAGGAAGCGCUCCAAGAACAAGCCUCAGAGUGAGUCGAGUGACUCCCAGCAACACACAGCCUCCAGCAGGGAGGGCGGGGAUGACUACUCCUCCGAGGCCUCCGACUCCAGGGGAUCAAUACCAACAUGGCUGCGGGAAGAGCUGGUCAGUCUGGAGGUGGACGCCAACGAUGGGAACGAGGCAGACGACACAAGCGACCAAUCAGAGGAUGAGAUGAGGCUGGUUGACAGUUCCAUGUCCAGCAUACAGAUCAACAGGGAACUAACCCCUGUGAAGACUGUUGAAAAGCUGACUCCAAGACUGGGCCUCAGCAACAAGAGAUCGGGGGAUGAACAGACACCACGGAACAGGACAGCAUCCAACAGCACUGAGAGCGUGGAUCAGGCACUGGAUCACCUGUCUGACAGCAGCUCAAGUGAAGCAACACUAGGAAAGGGAGAUGGACCCGUGUUGGAAGCCAAGAAAAAUACUCAAGGAAAAAUACUCAUUACGCCGCGGAAAUGUUCCACACCACCUCUCAGUGUAAAGCCCAAACAGAGUGGUGGAACUGUGGCUAAACCCUUGUCACGAAUACGUGGGCAGGGCAAGGGUAGGGGAAAGGGCCAUGAUCCGGUCCUGAAAGAGCAGCUGGCUGCCCGGGGCUUUGUGUCAGACGUCACAGUCAAGAGGAGAGAGAAGGACUUGAUGAGCGAGCUGGAGCAACUGAAGGCUGAAAAAUCUCAGGCGGAAGAGAAGAUUCGACAGAUGGAGGCGGAACACCAUCACAGACAGGAGGAGAUGAAGCAGGAAGUGCAGAAACAUGCCCAGGAGAGAGAACAGGCUCUACAGAUGGAGAUCUCCCGCUUGAAGACAGAACUGGAAUCUCAGACAUCAACACUGCAGGACAAUCAGAAGGCUGUGCAGAACCUUCAGACCCAGCUCAAUCAACUACAGGCGGAACAGCAGCGAAUGCAGGCAAAUGGACGUACGCCUCAGUUGCCGGCAGCUCCCCCCACCCCCAGGAGCAGUAAAGUGUGUGUCAUCAACUGAUGAUGUGUUCAUUUCACAAUUUGAUGCCUUGACAACCUAGCUCAAUGGACAACUCAUCUUGAGCCUCCACAGGGAUGUCCUGUAAUGAACCUUUGGGAGUGAUCCAGUGUAAGGUGAUUCUGCCCUGAGUGAUCCUGCACAGCCAGUUCUUAUGGUGUAUUAGUAACACUUUGCAGAUAGAUUUUUUGGUCUUCGAGUGAUCCAGUGCAAGGAGAUCCUAUGAUCAUGCACAGUGACAC